AUGGACAAAAGCAAACAAUUGUCUUCGGCUAUAACCGUAUCAUCCUCCCGCGUUUCUUUAUCCGGAGGCUCAAAUGCAACAAGGAGUGUUUAUACUCAAAGAGCCACUCAACAGACAUCCAAUAGACUUACAACCGGUGGAGUAUCAGCACGACCCAAAACAGCGAUGACAGCUGUUACAAGAAGACAAGUUCCAAAAUGUAUUAUGUCUGUUACUGAAGGUAGAGGUGUGGCUAUUGAAGUAGGUAUUUGCAUAUUUGACGUCAACAGCUGCGAAUGUACUUUAUCACAGUUUGCUGAUUCAACAACAUUUGCAAGAACUAUACAAAAGAUUAAUCUAAAUGAUCCACAAAAGAUACUUGUAAGCUCUUUUGGCAAUAAACGCUCUGAGGAAAUAAAGAAGAGCAGCAAGCUAUGCCAACUGAUAGAACAGCAAUUCCCGCAUGCUUCUUUUAUUUUCUUACCCAGGAAGCACUUUAAUGAUGAGAUGGGUAUUGGCUAUAUAAAACACUAUGGGCUACAAGAGGACAUUCCAGGAUUGCUUGUUGGUGUAUCUCCAAAAUAUUACUGUUUGGCAGCUACUUCUGGUACAUUUUACUAUUUGUUACAAAAUGAAGGCCUUGCUUUUGCUGAGAAUACCAUCAAAUUCUCUUAUCAAGGUGCUGAAGGAACAUUGAUGAUCGAUACAAUUACUUCAAGAAACCUUGAACUGGUUACAAAUAUCAUAAAUAUCCACAAAGAAAAUACUCUGCUUGGUAUCCUUGAUAAAACAAUCACUCCUAUGGGAAAGCGUCUUCUCCGAAUGAAUAUAUUACAGCCCCCUUGUUGUUUGGAGGUUAUUACGGAUCGAUUAGAUGCCAUACAGGAAUUAUCAGCAAGUGAAGAGUGUUUAUUUAACAUUCAGUCUUCUUUGAGGCCCUUGAGUGACCUGGAUUAUAUAAUAUCAUUCAUUGUCAAAUUACCCAACGCCAAUCAUAAAACAGUUGGUCGACAAAUGUUGGCUGUCCAUCAUUCUGAAUCAAAAAUCAAUCAAGUGAUUUGUCUGAAGCAAUCAAUCAAGUCUAUACAGAAUAUUGCUUUUCAGCUGCCAUGUCAUUCUAACCCUGUUGAGAGCUGUAUCUUGUCAAAAGCAAUAUAUAAGAUUUUAUCUGAGCCUAUUUUCGCUGAGCUCGAGGAGAUAAUUAAUAGUGUUAUCAAUGAAGACGUUGGAAUAGAAAAAACGGGGCUUGGGCUAAGAAAUCAAAAAUGCUAUGCCGCUGGAGUUAAUGUAGCCAGACAAGCCUAUAAAGAAGCAAUCGAAGACACAUAUGAGCUUGUAUCUGAAUACUCGGAAACAACUGGACUGAAAAUGAAGCUUCAGUUCAGUUCCUCAAGCGGGUUCUUUAUUCAAAUGCCAACGAGUGAACUUUCUGAUGGAAAUACGCUGCCUGAUAAAUUUAUUAAUGUUGUCACCAAAAGAAAAAUGCUUCAUUUUACGACAUUGGAAAUACUUCAAGCAAAUAGUAGAAUAAAUGAAUCCCUUAUGGAAGUGUACCUGAUGUCUGAUAAAGUUGUAUCUAAUUUGUUGCAAGUAUUCAGAGAUAAUAUCAACAUACUGUAUAAAGCAUCAGAAGCUAUUGCUCUCUUGGACAUGCUUGCCUCAUUGGCUUCAUGCAAGCUUUCAUAUGGCUACGUUCGUCCAACGUUUUCUGGUGUCUUGGCUAUAAAGUCGGGUCGACAUCCUGUUCUUGAUCAUAUUUUAACAUUUCCACUAGUACCAAACGAUACCUUUGCUUCAUUAUCAAGCAGCUUCCAAUUUAUUACAGGACCCAACAUGAGCGGUAAAUCAACCUAUUUACGACAAGUGGCUUUACUCAACGUGAUGGCUCAUAUUGGCUCAUUUGUUCCUGCAGAAUAUGCAUCUUUUAGAUUAUGUGAUCAGCUAUUGUCGAGAUUAGCAAAUGACAAUAUCCUUUCGGAUACCAACACAUCUUCUUUUAUGACAGAAAUGAAGGAAACGGCCUAUUUGCUACAACAUGUGACAAACUCAAGUGUUGUGAUCAUCGAUGAACUUUGUCGCAGCACUUCUCCCAAUAAUGCUGUUGGGAUCGCAGCGGCUGUGUGUGAAGAACUUGCCAGGACAAAGGCGUUUUGCUUUUUUGCAACUCAUCUUCAUGAGCUGACACGAACGUUGGUUAUAUAUCCCAAUGUAGUCAACUUGCGGUUUAAAGUAGAUGUUAGGAUGGAUGAUCGAGAUUGUAUAGUUGAUUAUCAGUAUAAAAUAGAGGAUGGACAUUUGUCGACUGAACAAAAUUAUGGUCUUCAAACGGCUCAAUUGCUUGGUUUUCCUAAAAAUCUCUUAUUAGCUGCGUAUCAAAUAGUCAAAGAGUUGAAAAAGAAUAAGCAGACUGCUUAUACUAACGAAAGGGCAAAGGAAAUCAGUAAAGAACGAAAAUUGUUAUGGUUUGCAGACAAGAUGCUUCAAUUAGACCAGGCAGACUUGAACGAUGAGCAAUUACUUGAACAACUCACACAGUUACAAGAUGAUAUGGUGAAAGGAUUUCCAUAG